AUGACGCUAGAGCAGCAGAUAUUGUCUUUGGAGAGUAGCCAGACGACUGCAGUUGCUGUGCAAGCGUUGUCACAAGGCGUGUCGGCGCAGAAGACUAUGAAUCAGCAACUUAAUAUUGAUAAUAUUGACGAGCUCAUGGACGACAUGGCUGAGCAGCAGGAUCUGCAGAAUGAGGUUUCGCAGGUGGGGGAGUUGUCGAGAGCAGUGUGUCGUGUGGGUGUUGGUACAAUAUGA